AGAAGUUUUCAAAUCAGCGAACUCAUUGAUAGAGCUGCACCUGAGUACGAAUAUGGGACUGGAAGAUUCAGGAGUGGAAAAACUCUGUGACGGGCUUAAGGAUGAAAACUGUAAACUGCAGAAACUGAGGCUGGCUGAAUGCAGUAUUAAGAAGAAAGGCUUUGCUGCUCUGGCUUCAGCUCUAAAAGAAAACCCCUCAUCACCUUUAGAAGAGCUGGAUCUGAGCGGUAAUGGACUAAAAGAGUCAGAACUGGAGCUGUUACCUGAGCUAAGGACUAAAUUUCCUAAACUGAAAGUGAAGCUGGAUGGAUGCAGGGUUACAGAUGAAGGCUGUGCUGCUCGAGCUUCAGAAAACCACUCAUCACCUUUAGAAGAGCAGGAUCUGAGCGGUAAUGACCUAAAAGAGUCAGAACAGAAGCUGUUACCCGAUGAUGAUACAUGUGUCUAA